AAGAAAGAUCUCUGAAACAUCAUAGACUCCCUUCGUACUUUACCUAUACGACGAUUUCAAUCAACCUUCAAGGCUUUCCUUUGUGAUUUUCGUUGCUUAAUUUCAUCGAGAUUUUGCAGAUUUUGAGCUAAUUCGGCUACAUCCAUCCUACAGAUACUUACAAAAUGACGGGUGCCUGAUCGAUAACAACAAAUUUCUUCAACUUGGUUCUCCUAAAUAUGGCUUCCGUUGGAAUGGCUCCUACCGUAGUUGAAAAAGUUGGCGGUAAUUCUAUAUUUGUUGACAAACUUCCCGAGGAAAUCAAUGAAAUGACGAUCAAAGAUGACAAGGUUGAAAAGGAAAUGGAGGCAACAGUGGUGGAUGGAAAUGGGACAGAAACUGGCCACAUCAUUGUUACUACUAUUGGAGGUAGAAAUGGUCAACCUAAACAGACGAUAAGCUACAUGGCAGAGCGCGUUGUUGGCCAGGGUUCUUUUGGAAUUGUAUUUCAGGCAAAAUGCUUGGAAAGCGGAGAAGCUGUUGCGAUAAAAAAAGUGUUGCAAGAUAAGCGAUACAAGAACCGUGAAUUGCAAACGAUGCGGCUUCUUGAUCAUCCCAAUGUUGUUUCACUCAAACAUUGCUUCUUUUCGACAACAGACAAGGAUGAGCUGUAUCUUAAUCUGGUUCUUGAGUACGUGCCAGAGACGGCUUAUCGUGUAGCAAGACACUACAGUAAGGCAAAUCAGAGAAUGCCUAUGAUAUAUGUCAAACUAUACACGUAUCAGAUUUUUCGAGCACUGGCAUAUAUCCAUGCGAUAGGUGUUUGCCACAGAGACAUUAAGCCUCAAAAUCUUCUGGUGAAUCCUCAUUCUCAUCAGCUCAAACUCUGUGAUUUUGGGAGCGCAAAAGUUCUGGUGAAAGGGGAACCAAAUAUAUCCUACAUCUGUUCUCGGUACUACCGUGCACCUGAACUCAUAUUUGGGGCAACCGAAUACACAACUGCAAUCGAUAUCUGGUCAGUGGGCUGUGUUCUUGCUGAACUGCUUCUUGGACAGCCUCUUUUCCCAGGUGAGAGUGGAGUCGACCAGCUUGUAGAAAUUAUCAAAGUCCUUGGUACACCAACUCGUGAAGAAAUCAAAUGCAUGAAUCCGAACUACACGGAGUUUAAGUUCCCACAAAUCAAGGCUCACCCUUGGCACAAAAUUUUUCACAAGCGGAUGCCCCCGGAAGCCGUAGAUCUUGUUUCAAGACUCCUCCAAUAUUCUCCAAACUUGAGGUGUACUGCGUUGGAGGCGUGUAUCCAUCCAUUCUUCAACGAACUUCGUGAUCCAAACACCCGUCUUCCUAACGGCCGUCCGUUGCCACCUCUCUUCAAUUUCAAGCCGCAAGAGCUAAAAGGUGCAUCGUUUGAACUUGUGGCUAAACUCAUACCGGAACAUGCUCGGAAACAAUGUCCCGUGCUCGGAAGUUAAAAAAAACUUAACGAUAACGGUAACGAUCGGUAUCAAUGCACUAAUUGAUGGUAUGACAUAUGUUUGUUUAUUAUAUCUCUUAUUAUUCCACUUAACUUGGAUUUUGGCAACUGCCUUUUCCUUUCCUUCCGUUGUUUGUUUUCAUGGUCCAAAAGUGAUGUAUGUUUGUAAGGUAUUGUUGUUGUCUAAUAUUAUUAUGCAAACAUUCUGACUGUUUGGUAGCAGUUUAACGAGUUUAAUGGGAUUCACAGCUUAUUCAGUC